UUUGCCUGGUGCUUGGUGCCUAGUGUCCAGGAUAACCUCUUUUCAUAAGGACCACUGCCAUCCCUGUAUUAGCAUUUUCACUGCUGUGAGGGCAACAUUCAAGUGUGUGUGCUGUAUUGCUUGAUUGCUCGCUUCGGGCCUCAUUAUGCAGGGACUGGGGAAAACAGAGAGAGGAGAGCAGGGCCGAGACAUCGACCUGACAUCGCUGAGGUCCACCAUGCCUGCCAGCGGCCCUCUGCAGGGAGGUUCAACCUCUAACUUGAACAUGAACCUGUACGCCACAAAGAAGACCGCAGCUGAAGGCAUGUUGGACAUUGCUCUGUUCCUGGCGAACAUCACACACAUGAAGACUGUUAUCGAGCAGGGAGCUGGAUACAGGUACUACGCUGCCGUCCUGACACUCAUUUCCUUCUCCCUGGCUCUUCAGAUAGUGGCUGGAGUCCUGAUCAUCAUAAUUGCCCGCAGGGACCUGAAUGUGGUGUCCAAUCAGAAGCGACUCGACUACCUGAACAACGUCACUACAGGCGUCAUCUUUGUGACCACGGUGAUCAACUUCUUCGUUAGCUUCUUCGGAUCCAAGAGGACUGGCUUCUUCCGCUGGCUGCUGGCUCGACUCCACUUCUGACACACACAAGACCUCAAAUGCACUCAAAUCCCACAUGCACACAGUGCAACACAUAUGCACUGAACAACACACACUUCAUACCAAAAUGUAAUCUGCACACACUUUUGAGUGCCACAUUUAUCAAAAAGAUUCAAGUAUUUUUUUGGCAAAGUACAGACAAUUCACACAUGCGCAAAUAUUGCAUCUUUUUUGCUAUUCUUGCUUUGAAUUAUAUAAUAAUCAAACUAAAAUAUGUUUACUUUAACCAGCUGCAAAGUAAAUGUUUUUUUCUUUUGCUUCUGCAAAAUUGCUUAUGUUUUUCAUUUUAUCUGUUCCAAUUUCAUACAUGUUUUACACAUUUACUUUUUUUGUAAAAUGAUUAAACUUGUCCCUUUUUAAGUACUAAAGUCUCAAAUUUAAUAUUCACCAAAUGUGGUUUAAAGGUGACAUAAGCUGAAUAAAUUUUGUAGUUUAACAGAAGCAUAUGCUGUACUUGUUGAG